AUGUCGACCGAAUUCUCCCAGCCUGCCGCGAUCGCUCCGCAAGUCAUCGCUCCCCAGACCAUCGCACCACAAGACGACGGCUCCGGCGUCGUUGCGCCCGCGCCCGUGCCCGAGACCGUCGAACCGGUGCCCAUCACCGAGCAAGAGGUGGGCGAGUACCGCGAGCAAGACCGCUUCCUCCCGAUCGCCAACGUGUCGCGGAUCAUGAAGGGCGCGGUGCCGGGGACGGCGAAGAUCUCGAAGGAGGCGAAGGAGUGCGUGCAGGAGUGCGUGUCCGAGUUCAUCUCCUUCAUCACCUCCGAGGCGGCGGAGAAGUGCCAGAUGGAGAAGCGCAAGACGAUCGGCGGCGAGGACAUCCUCUACGCGAUGGUCACCCUCGGGUUCGAGAACUACGCUGAGUCGCUCAAGAUUCAUCUCGCGAAGCUGAGGCAGCAUCAGGCAACUCCGGGAAGCGUGCGUAAUGUCGACGCUGGAGGGGACGAUUAG